AACUGGGGGGCGGGGGGCGGGAGUGAAGGUGGGGCUGCUCCUGGUAGCGUCCCUGUAAAAUCGGCGCCGCCGAUUUUGAGUGGCAUCUUUCUGACUUGUCUCCGUCGCCCCAGUCCCCGACCUCGGCGGUGACUGGGCUGCCUGUGGUCCCGCAGCCUCUCCCUAGGUAUCCUCCAAACGACCACCUCACGGAUUCCUUAUGGAUCGCAGCUCCAAGAGGAGGCAGGUGAAGCCUUUGGCAGCUUCUCUCCUAGAAGCUCUUGAUUAUGAUAGUUCAGAUGACAGUGAUUUUAAAGUUGGAGAUGCUUCAGAUUCUGAAGGGAGUGGUAAUGGAAGUGAAGAUCCUUCAAAGGACAGUGGAGAAGGUUCCUGUAGUGAUUCUGAGGAAAAUAAUUUAGAGGAAGAGCUGAAUGACGAUAUUAAAGUCAAAGAAGAACAACUUAAAAAUUCUGCAGAGGAAGAAAUACUGUCAUCUGACAAACAGUUAAUUAAAAUGGAAAAGAAGGAUGAAGAGGAAAAUGGAGAAAGGCCUAGAAAGAAAAAGGACAAAGAAAAGGAAAAAGAGAAAGAGAAGGAUAAAGAGAAAGAGAAAGAAAAAGAAAAAACAACAGUAUCUGAUACUGUGGCUGCUUCUGCUAUGGCUACUACACCAGCCACAAGUCCUCCUGCUGUUAAUGCAUCCCCUUCUGCCCCCACAACGACCUCUACUGCAGAGGAACAAGUCAGUGAGCCAAAAAAGUGGAAUCUUCGUCGAAACCGACCACUUUUGGAUUUUGUCUCCAUGGAAGAGCUGAAUGACAUGGAUGACUAUGACAGUGAAGAUGAUAAUGACUGGCGACCUACUGUAGUAAAGAGGAAAGGGAGAUCAGCAUCUCAGAAAGAGGGGAGUGAUGGAGACAAUGAGGAUGAUGAAGAUGAGGGAAGUGGAAGCGAUGAAGAUGAGAAUGAUGAGGGCAAUGAUGAAGACCAUAGCAGCCCUGCUAGCGAAGGGGGUUGCAAGAAGAAGAAGAGUAAAGUUCUUAGCAGAAACAGUGCUGAUGAUGAGGAACUGACCAAUGAUAGCCUGACACUAUCUCAAAGCAAGAGUAAUGAGGACUCGCUGAUUCUUGAGAAGAGUCAAAACUGGAGUUCUCAAAAAAUGGACCAUAUUCUGAUUUGCUGUGUUUGUCUUGGAGAUAAUAGUGAGGAUGCUGAUGAAAUAAUUCAGUGUGACAAUUGUGGCAUUACAGUUCAUGAAGGUUGUUAUGGAGUUGAUGGAGAGAGUGACUCUAUUAUGAGUUCAGCUUCUGAAAACUCCACUGAACCUUGGUUUUGUGAUGCUUGUAAAUGUGGUGUUUCCCCCAGCUGUGAACUGUGUCCUAAUCAGGAUGGGAUUUUCAAGGAGACAGAUGCUGGAAGAUGGGUUCACAUUGUUUGUGCUCUGUAUGUUCCUGGGGUAGCCUUUGGAGAUAUUGACAAAUUACGGCCAGUAACACUAACAGAAAUGAACUAUUCUAAAUAUGGUGCCAAGGAAUGUAGCUUUUGUGAAGAUCCUCGUUUUGCUAGAACUGGAGUUUGCAUUAGCUGUGAUGCAGGGAUGUGCAGAGCUUAUUUUCAUGUGACCUGUGCCCAGAAGGAAGGUCUGCUUUCAGAGGCAGCAGCAGAAGAGGAUAUAGCAGAUCCAUUUUUUGCUUAUUGUAAGCAACAUGCAGAUAGAUUAGACAGAAAGUGGAAGAGAAAAAACUACUUGGCUCUACAGUCCUACUGUAAAAUGUCUUUGCAAGAGAGAGAGAAACAACUGUCACCAGAAGCACAGGCAAGGAUCAAUGCCCGGCUUCAGCAAUAUCGUGCCAAGGCAGAACUGGCUCGAUCCACUAGACCCCAGGCAUGGGUUCCAAGGGAAAAAUUGCCUAGACCACUCACUAGUAGUGCUUCAGCUAUUCGUAAACUGAUGCGGAAAGCAGAACUAAUGGGGAUCAGUACAGAUAUUUUUCCAGUGGACAAUUCAGAUACUAGUUCUAGUGUGGAUGGAAGGAGAAAACAUAAGCAACCAGCUCUCACUGCUGAUUUUGUGAAUUAUUAUUUUGAGAGAAAUAUGCGCAUGAUUCAAAUACAGGAAAAUAUGGCUGAACAAAAGAAUAUAAAGGAUAAAUUAGAGAAUGAGCAAGAAAAGCUUCAUGUGGAAUAUAAUAAGCUAUGUGAAUCAUUAGAAGAACUACAAAAUCUGAAUGGAAAACUUCGAAGUGAAGGGCAAGGAAUUUGGGCCUUACUAGGCAGAAUCACAGGGCAGAAGUUGAACAUACCAGCAAUUUUGAGAGCACCCAAGGAGAGAAAACCAAGUAAAAAAGAAGGAGGCACACAAAAGACAUCUACUCUUCCUACAGUACUUUAUAGUUGUGGAAUUUGUAAGAAGAACCAUGAUCAACAUCUUCUUUUGCUGUGUGAUACUUGCAAACUCCAUUACCAUCUUGGAUGUCUGGACCCUCCUCUUACAAGGAUGCCAAGAAAGACCAAAAACAGUUAUUGGCAGUGCUCAGAAUGUGACCAGGCUGGGAGCAGUGACAUGGAAGCAGACAUGGCCAUGGAAACUUUACCGGAUGGGACCAAACGAUCAAGGAGGCAGAUUAAGGAACCAGUGAAAUUUGUUCCACAGGAUGUGCCACCAGAACCCAAGAAGAUUCCAAUAAGAAAUACGAGAACCAGAGGACGGAAACGAAGCUUUGUUCCUGAGGAAGAAAAACAUGAGGAAAGAGUUCCUAGAGAAAGAAGACAGAGACAGUCUGUAUUACAAAAGAAACCCAAAUCUGAAGAUUUAAGAACUGAAUGUGCAACUUGCAAAGGAACUGGAGACAAUGAAAAUCUUGUCAGAUACCCUUCAUGAGACCCAACUCUGCCACAGCUCAUCCUCGGAGGCAAUCCUGGAAACCUCUUUUAUAAGUGUGAUUUUAAAAAUGUGGAUAAAACUCUCAAUAGAGUACAUAAAAUAAAGGAGAACAGCUAUCUUGUCCUUUCCAUAAGCUUAUCACUGCAAAAAGUUGCCUUUGCUUGUCAGGUUUGAAUAGAAUGUAAUUGAUUGGUUUGUUACUUGGACUGACAAGGCAGUUAAUUUGCCUGUGUGGAUUUUUUUUCUUUUCUCUCUCUCUCUCUCUCUCUCUCUCUCUCUCUCUCUCUCUCUCUCUCUCUUUCUCUUUUUUUGCACUAAUCAGAAAUAUUCGAUAUGUGCAUUGUUGAAAAAUAUUGGAUAAAUGUCUUGUCAGAAUUGUCCUAUUAAGUAAAUGUCUUUCCCUCUUGCUUCUUUGGCAAAUGAUGAUACACAGUGUUUGGACUCACUGAAGAGUUACAGAAGCCUGUGGGACUUAAAUGCAAUAUGUUCUCCCUGUUGUUGAACAAUACCAAUAACAAGCAAGAAAGACAAUGCUUUCUAUUAGUCUGCUAAUCUGCUUCAUCCAAUCUAAUACUUACAUUCAUAUGCAAAAUACUGUUGCACUGGGGAACAACUAUAGACUCUUAUAUUAAACAUUAUUUCUAUUUAUAAUAUUCAGCAAAAGUGAAAGACUUGUGAAGCAUAUGACAUUCUAUUUUUGACUCAUUGGUCCUAAUGUGAAAGUACUAAUAUUAUUAGCAUGAAUUUUUACAACUUUAGAUUUUAAGCUCAUGAACAAAAAUAUGUCUGUGGGUCUGUAGGUAAUUUUUUUAAAUACCCAAAUUUAUUUGGUCCUUAUUGUUUAAUAUGAACUUUCUGUGUUCAGGAUAACUUAAUAUUUUUCAACCUUUAAAAUGACAUUAUGAAAUAAGGAGGGAAAUACAAAGCUUGUUGACUGUACAACCUGCCAGCUGAAAGAUCUUCAACAACUGUAUCUUUCCAGAGGUUUACAUAUUUAAAAUUUGAUCUUCAACUUUUAAUGAUCCAGUUUUAAGCCAACGACAGAAAUAUGUUGAAUAUUCCACCACUCAAUCUUGAACUGAAUUAGAAGAGACUUUUGCUGAAAUCGAAGUGCACAUAUACACAUAAAUUGUCAACAUAUCUCUUGGAAUUUCCUGAUAUAUAAGUGUGAUUUUGGACUUCUUUUCUGGUAUAGUGGCAAAGGAAAAUAGUUUAAAUUUUAGGAGUAGAAUAGGCAGUGUUAUAGAUAUUCCAAUCCAAGUGUAAGUAUAAAGUUGCUAUAUGCUAGUAAUUUAUAGUUAUAGGAAUCAUGAUUGGAUAAAAUGUUAAAUAAAAAUAAAAUGUGUAUGAAAUUACAUAUAAACAGAUUAUAUUGAAAGACCUCAUAACAUUGAAGGAAAUGUUAAUAAUCUUUUGGAAAACGCAUAGGCUUUUUUUUUUCUUUUAAGAAUAAGAAAAGACUAUCACUUAAUACUUAAGUUUAAGAAAAAGUUGGUAAUUAUUACUAUUGCUGACUUCCAUCUGAUUUUAAGAAACAGGAAAGAUUACCAUGUUCUAAAUGAACUAUGCUAAUAUAUUUGGCCCUUGCUGUCUUUUAAAAUAUGGUAAGAUAAUACUAAUGAUUAUUUUGUUUAUUUAUUUGCUUAUUUUCUGAGAAAUCAUUACUUGUUGUGGUUUUGGUGUCACUGUUAAUCAAAAUUCCUUUCACUUUAGUUUUAAUUAAAAUACUCUGAAAUUGUCA